AUGGCAUAUACCAACCUCAUGUACUUACAAGGGUUAGAUGAUGCUGCAUGGUGCAGAUGUUUACCAGCUACAUUGAAAGGCAUCACACAACAGUGGUUUUGCAAUUUGCCGCCUGGGUGCAUGAACAACUUUAGGAUGCUUACGUUCCUAUUUGCCUUAAACUUCUCCAUGAACAUAUCGGCCAAAAAGACAAGCUUUGAUUUGGGGGCGAUGGUUCAAGGAGAUCGUGAGGGGCUCCGUUCAUAUGUUAGGCAGUUCAAUCUAGAGAGAAUUCAGGUUCAAGGGGUUCUUGACGAAGUUGCUUAUACAGACUUUUUUAAGGGAUUGAAGAACGGAUCACAAUUCAAGUUUGAUCUCAUCCGGAAAAGGGUUUUCACUCUCCCUGAAGCGUUAAGGGAGGCAGAGACCUACAUACAGGUGUCAGAAUUCUGCUCCUCUAGCAAGCAGAUGGAUAAAAAAAGAUAUGACAAACAAAAAUGCAGUCGGUAA